AUGGCGGCUCCAAUGGGUACAACGACCAAGCAGCCCACCUCUAAUCAAGGUCAUCUACAGUCUUUGAUGGCCAAGGUCCGUAAAGAACUUCGACAACCGACACAGAUAGAAACCUCAUAUGCAAACAAUCUUACCCAGGCAGUCGAGAAGGAAGCUUGGAAAGAGUCUCGGGAAGUUUGCGACAGCAUUUUGGGCCUCGCUCAAGAAGCUCGGAGGAUGUUUGGCCUUCGACCGUUCGACAUGUCAUUAAACGUGGAGAACGAAGCCGAUGGCAAAGAAAUGGUUCUGCGAAACGGCGGGAAGCGAUCAGCUUCCACGGCACCAGCACCUAAUGCAUCAAAACGGCAACAGCGCGAGCCUAUUCGACCACCGCCUCCACCACCUUCUGGGAAGAUAGAUCAGAAAUCUGAGGCUCUAGAUCAAUCCGGUCAUGUCCGUCACAUUAAAGAGGAAAAUACCGUCACUAACUCCCAGAAUGGUCCAAACGGCCAUGGCCAUUCUCAGUCGAUCGAGGCCCCAUUCGCCACUAGCUUCCUCACCAACAGCGCGCCAAUCUACAACCAAAACAUCAACAGCGGGUCUGGACAGCAGAACAUCAACGUGUAUGGCGUAUUCGAACCUCCGCCACCCUCAGCUACCGGCGCCGCGUCAACCGAGUAUGAGAUCCCUACCGAGCCAGAGCAUCGCCUAAACCGAGGUGCCGGACAGCAAAAGUUCUCGGUCAAUGAUACUGUUACCAACAAGACGGCCGGCGAUGGUAAGCCUGGGGGUCACAAUCAGACGUUGAAGGGCCCACAUGGCAAUACGCACAUGCGCAUGACAGCGCCAGUCUACAACCAAAACGUGAAUACUGGAAGCGGACAACAGAACAUCGACGUCAUCGGAAAGAUGGACUUUGAGAAAAAGGAGCUGAAAGACAGAUCGCUCCAUCUUACCGGCCAACUUCGCCUCAAGGCCUUGCAGUUGCGACCGGGCAGAACGCAAUUCCACUACCACAGCGACGCGGCAAUGAAGCACCUCAUAGUCCAUUCUAUCAGCCAGCUUCGUCUCACUAUCGACCAACCUCGCCUCAGUAUGGAUCGCCUGAGUAUCGACCAACUUCACCUCAGUAUAGUUCAAAUUCGCCUCGCCGUCGAUCUCGUUCACCUCGUCGCCGCGUCGCCCCACAUAGUGACAGUGGCGCUAUGGAUGAGUACCACGAUCGUUCGUAUGGGAGGGGUGACGGUCUUCCAUAUGAGGACGCUCCGUAUGAUUCAGAAGAUGAUUGGUCUAGACCAGAUGGUGUGGAUCGUUCUGGUCCAAGGACCCCGCGUCGCGACCGCUGAGAUGAGUGGUAUGAUAGCCGACGGGGAUUAG